GCCAUUUGCGGGAUGCCGGAGUACUCGGAAGAAUUCUGAAAAUCCGCCCAUCUUCAUGUCCACAUCAGCGGACUACCGUAUUCCAGCUCUUGCUGCCAUAUCUGCGGUAGCAUAUGGCCUGGUUAGCUGGUGGUCACAUAAGAAGAGAAACCCAGGAGGUCUUCCCCUUCCUCCAGGUCCCAAGCCGCUCCCAGUAGUGGGCAACGUGCUUGGUCUCAAGAUUGAUGAGCCAUGGGUCACAUACACACACUGGGGUGCUACGUACGGUGAAUUGGUGUACUCUCGUCUGCUUAACCAAGAAAUCAUCUUGAUCAAUACUGAGAAAGUUGCGAGGGACCUAUUAGAGAGGCGCUCCAACAAUUACUCUGACAGACCUGGCAUUCUGUGCCUGACGAAUGACUUUUUUGGCUGGUCAUUUAAUUCUGUCAUGAUCAAGUAUAAUGAUCGUUGGAGGCUCCACCGACGAUUGUUUCACCAAGCGUUUCGCCCGGAAGCAGCUUAUACAUAUCAAACAAUGCAGCUUCGCAAGGGGCGAGAGUUGUUAAACAACUUACUUGAAGACCCAGCUAACUGGAUAGCGCAUCUCCAGACGCACUCAGCCUCUAUUAUUAUGUCUGUCGUUUAUGGUUAUGAAAUUGGCCCAAGGGAUGAUCCCAUCAUUUCCAUCGUUGAGAGAGCUGUCAACUUAGCGGUGUCUUCAAUCAAACCCGAGGUUGCUGCUUUCCUUGGCGCAUUCCCAUUUCUGCAGCACAUUCCAUACUGGUUCCCUGGAGCUUCGUUCAAGCGGACAGCUAUCUUAUCCACGAAGUACGCCGAGGACAUGAUUGAGGCGCCAUUUCAGUACGUUGAAAAGAAUAUGGCGUCAGGCUUGGCAUCCCCAUCCAUGGUCGCUGACGCUUUGAGAAAAGCCGAAGAUGAAAAUGCGUCUGAGACGUAUGUCAAAGCAAUCAAAGAGAGCGCCGUGACUGCCUUCGCGGCUGCCUCGGAGACAACCUCAUCAACUUUGAUUAUUUUCAUCUUGACGAUGCUGCUAAACCCAGAAGUACAAGCCCGCGCACAGGCUGAAAUCGACUCUGUGGUCGGUUCGGUCAGGUUACCGAAUUUCGAGGACAGAUCAUCACUGCCAUAUGUCGAGGCUGUUCUCCGCGAAGUUCUCCGGUGGCACCCCGCUGUACCAUUAAGCAUCCCCCACGCUGCCACGAAUAAUGACGUCUACAACGGAUACCUCAUUCCGCAAGGGGCUACGAUUAUAACGAACACAUGGGCGAUCACACGCAACGAAGCCAAGUAUCCCAACCCAGAAGAAUUUAAGCCCGAGCGAUUCUUUGGCGCCGAUGGCGAGCUGAACGAUGACACCGUGAGCUUUGCCUUUGGUGUGGGUCGCAGAAUUUGCGUCGGGCGAUAUAUCGCGGAUGCAUCCGUCUGGUCUGCGAUGGUCUCGAUCCUUGCUAUCUUUGAUAUCAAGAAAUGCAAAGACGAGCAAGGCAACAAUAUUGAUGUAAAUCCGAAGUUUACUGCAGGCAUCACUUCCCAUCCAUUGCCCUUCCCUUGUCUCGUUGUCCCCCGACACAAAGGAUUUAACACGGAAAAACUUGCUGAAAUGUUCUAAGGUUCAGUUAUCUCAAUGUCUGGUUACAGCUGGUUCUGUUGUUGUAAAAUCUUUCUUGAUUGUAGAUUAGCUUUCCUAUCCUCCACGUUUUUACGCUAACGAUAUCUGAUGUCCACUCGAACUGUCCUCACGAGCAUUCAUUCAUGUUGUACAACUACUCUCUUGACACGUCUGGGAAAUGAUCAUGCACUUCACGUCGCAAUCAACUACAACUACAAAGUAUUAAGAAA